AUGCAGGUUUUACGGCUUGAGGCCUCAUUCAACAUAGCCGAUGUAAAACCUGCCAAUAUGAUCGUAGCAGUGGAAUCAAUCCUCAGCCAGACGAGAGCGACAGACGAAACGAAGAACCUCAAUCGACACCAAGUUUCCUCCCUCCUCAUGGCCCAUAGGCUGCGCGACGUGCUUUCCAAGGUCGAAAGCGAUGCACUUAAGGAACUCAGGGCCGACAACGACCUCGUUAUCGUGCCGGCGGACACGGGGCGUUCAACGGUCGUAUUGGACAGGACAGAUUACAAUCAAAAAGUCAAGAUCUUGUUGGAGGACCGUCAGUCCAAUGUUCCAUGCUGAUCCAAUCACAAAAAAAACGCUGACACGAGAAAUAAACGCGACGCUGUUGGCAAUGGAGACCUCGGGUGCAAUAUCGCCAGUCGACUGACGCAUGGCGAGAGCCCAAGAAACGCCCUAGCCCGAUUUAACGGUCUCCCAAAAGUACACAAAUAUGGCAGUCCCCUCCGGCCUAUCGUAUCACCAAAAGGCACUCCGACCUGCGGGCUGGCAAAGUGGCUGUUACGACUUCUCAAAGUUCUGACCUGCAAUUCGAACACCGCAGUCAGCUCGUCAACGCAAUUCUUGGACAAAACUUAAAGGAGUAAGUCUCCUGCCAAGCGAUGUCAUGGUUUCCUUUGAUGUCACGUCCCUUUUUACUUCUAUCCCGCAGGACCUGGCAGUCGAGGCCAUCGAACUACUCCUACGAGAGAAAUACGACGAAAGGGAAAAUCGCCUCCAACACGCGCAAAUCAUUCAGCUUUUGAAGUUCUGUCUCAAGACAUACUUUACGUUCGACGGAAAAAUCUACGAGCAGGUGAAGGGAACGCCAAUGGGUUCGCCAAUUUCGGGAUUCAUAGUCAAAAGGCGGUCCUACAACGGCUGGAGAUGCUGGUUUUCCGACAACACCGACCGAAAUUCUGGGCUUGGUAUGUGGAGGACACCUUUGUCGUCAUCGAACGGGAUCAGAUACUGACAUUCAAAGAGCAUCUCAACGCGGUCUUCCCGGACAUUCAAUUCACGAUGGAGGAGGAGGAAGAGGAGAAGGAGGAGGAGGAGGAGCAGCAGCAGCAGCAGGAGGAGGAGGAAGAGGAGGAGGAGAAGGAGGAGGAGGAGGAGGAGGAGGAGGAGGAGGAGAAAAAAACCAAUUUCAGUGAAUAUUCCCAUGCUACAAUUGAAAAGUCAAAUUGGCGAACACGUUUUUUCAGUAACUCUUCAUCAGGUCAAAACGGUUACAAUGAAGUUUAA